UGGGAAGUUUCACUUUCAGACGGGCCGCAGCCACCGGCCAUAUCGGCUACCGGCUUCCAUAGUUCAAUCGCAGAAACGCCGGUAAAUCAAGAAUUAACACGAAAUUAUUCACCUGGAAAUUGUUCACUUUUAUUCCGUGUGUUACAAGUCCAAUCCGGUCGAAAAAGGGUAAUAUGAAUCGGGAAAAUCCGCAAACUAUCAUAGUCACAGCCCACUCCGUCCAAUAAGGCUUCUGACGUUCACCUUGCCGGUCAGAUGUUCGACAAACACCCCCUCAACCUCUUACCCCAUUCUCUCCAUCUAGGGCGCAAAUCACAAAUUCUCCGUCCUUCGAAACCCAAUCACCAUCGCCGGAAACGGGCUAUAUGGAGAGCCCCACCGCGCAGAAAAAGCCCCGGACUAACGCCGGUGGCCGAGAAGAUUGCUGGAGCGAAGGAGCGACGGAGACUCUGGUCGAAGCGUGGGGCGAUCGUUAUAUCAAGCUGAACAGAGGUAACCUCCGUCAGAACGACUGGAAGGAGGUCGCUGACGCCGUUAAUGCUCGCCAGGAUGGCGUUAAGCCCCAGCGGAGUGAUAUUCAGUGCAAGAACCGCGUUGAUACACUGAAGAAGAAGUACAAGCUCGAGAAAUCGAAAUCGUCCCCUUCUACAUGGUCGCUUUACGACCGUUUGGAUUACCUCAUCGGCACUAGCGGUUCUGUAAAGCCGUCUUCUUUUAACAGAAAAUCUGCCGCGAUCAUGAGCAAAUUUAAGCCCGAGCCUAGCCUAAACCUGAACCCUAGAUCUUUAGUUUAUUCCGGUGGUUCAUCGAAGCUCAAUUCCAGUGGCUCUGAUAACAGCUCGCGCGAUGGAGGUGAAGAUUACCAGCUCUAUGGUGGUACUGGGAGGAAGCGUAAACAUGAGUAUGCGGAUUUGUCAGAAGAAACUUCGGCAUACAGGGAAUUGGCUCGGGCAAUAUUGAAUUUUGGGGAGAUGUAUGAGAGGAUUGAAAGCUCGAAGCAGCAACAGAUUAUGGAAUUAGAGAAGCAGAGAAUGAAGUUAUCCCAAGAGCUUGAGGUCCAGAGGAUGCAUAUGUUUAUGGAAGCUCAGCUGCUGCUCGCUAAACCAAAACGACCUUCUAAGCAUUCUCCUGCAGGAAAUGAAGAUGUAGGGAAGUGUGCCACUGACUGAAAUGAUUGAAUUUCAUGUAGUGGAUUGUAAAUUAUAUAUUCUUGAAGUCAGUAAAAGAUCUCAAGUACUUUCAGACUAGUUUAGCCAAUUUAUUGCAGCCAUGUUUAGUAUAUUUAUAUGUGAUUUGACCAAUACUAACAGCAACUUUGUAAUCUGUUGGGCAUUAAUGACUUGUUGUAAAUCUGUACCUUGUAAAUCUGUAAUAAUUCUCGGGAUAUUUAUUCUGUUAUGGUUCGAAAGAAGUGAGAAGUAAGCUGUCUAUAAAUAUUCAUUUCCUG